CAGAACUCAGAUAGCUUCUUCCCCGACGGACAGCCUCUGUCGUACGCGACGCGGCAGAUGGCGGACAACAAGAAUGAGGACAUGUGAGAUUGAACACUGCGGUGCCAUGGUGUGUCACCUCUACUCCGUGCGCUCUUUUGCUCCGCGUCACCAGCCCAACGAGACGUCAAAUGUAGACCACCAACUCGCGUCCUCGUAAAUGCCGUGCAGCUCGUUUAAUUUCCCUUCAAACACCGUCGAGUUCGCUUCCGUCCUCAGCUUAAGGUGGAGAGGCGCUUGCGGCCGAGUCAAAGCCGCCCUGCAUCUCUUGCCAGCGCCCCAAGCCAGAUGAAUUCAUCAGCGCUACUCAGCUCGACUUCUCUCUCGCUGCCAGACGCUUCGAGCCGACCGAAGUGCCCCUUUUCUCCUC